CUUCGGGAUACGUGAACUGCCAUGCUGUUUUUUCAGCAGUAUGUUUUAUACGGUGCAAAUACAAGAGCAUACGGGCUCAUAGCUGUAAUAAAGAAAGUUUGUUUUUGAAUGCUCCUUCACUUGUCGUAUCCGUCUUCUCCGCUUAGAAAAUAUCGCCUGGCAAUGGAGGAGGACCGAUGGAUCAGAUGGACCGAUGCCGCCGCCCAUCUCCACCCCUUCCACCGCUCCCCAUCCAACCGACAGUCUCCGCUCCUCCCCGGCGCAGCAGGCCGGCGCCCGGCGGUUGGUGCCCCUGCCCGCCAGGUCUCCUCGCCGGAUCCGAGGUACCCCAACCCGGAUACAAUGAGGUGGGGUCACGCCGUCGCCGCCGUCGCUUGCCCCGAGACAGCAUGCCUCGCUCGUCCCUCAUCCCGCGGCUAGGAGCGAGGGGAGGGGCCUCGGAGAGGAGCAGAGGGGAGGGGCCUCGGGCCGUCCCGCCGGAGGAUGGCGGCGGCGGUCGCGGUGGACGCCGCGGGCAGCAGCGCCACCUGCAGGUGGGUCUUGACCACCACGGCCGGUUGCACGAGCUACGGCGAGCUUCACUGCUACGGCCGCGUUGAUUUCCCAAAGCAAGGGGUAGUGCGACAGGGGCAUGUUGGCAUGUUGCAACUUGCAACUUGCAACUUGCAAGAAGCUAGCAUCCGCAUCCAGAUGCUGGAGUCGUCGCUGGGGCGUGGCCGCGCUGGUCCACUAAGCAACACGCGCUCCGCGACGGCCUCCAGGACUUUCACCGUCGGGUUGCUGUACCGGCCGUACUCGUGGCAGUGGCGCCGGCCUUCCUUGAAGGCGAUCAGGUCCUCGGAGCUCUUGAACCAGUGCGUUGUCCCGCUCACAAUUGGCGUCGCGAUCGAGUCCGUGACGGCCUCAUCCGCGCCCUUGCCAAGCUUCUCCCCAGCGUGGACGGCUAGAGUCUCGUCGGAGGCGCGUCUUGUCUUGGGAGGCUGAUCUGCCUGAGCAUCCCCGAACAAUUCUUGGAGCAACACAGCUGGGGGUGUGGCGGCAACGCGCUUGUGCUUUGGAGAGUUGAGAGGUUGGAGGAGGCGGCGCUGCUGCCUCGGGAGCGAGAUCUUGCCAAGGGAGGUGGACGGAGCCAUGAGCUUGGAGAAGGAUCAAGCCGAAAUGGAAGGCGGAUUAAUCCAAGUGAUUGAGCUCAGUUGUGAACUCAGUUUGUGCUUUGGCCUUGCUCUCUCCCCUGAACAAAUAUAUAGGCACAAUUCGACGCGCGUUUAUACGCGGUUGUUUUUUACACAUGCGUGUGCGCGUACAGGACAUUUUGGCAUGAGCUUAUUGUGCGCCAAGAACCAAAAGCGAGUAGGUUAUUAUUAAGAUGGUGUUAACGAAUAAGCAAGUAGUGCGUGCAAGUGUGAUUAAGAAAACACACGGG